AAUACUUCCAAAAUGGGCUCCAGGGCGAGUCGUGCGGGAUUGUCACAGCAAUCGGCUGUGGCGAGAUUUGCAAUCAUUCUUUGCUGUACUGGGCUGUUGGGAGUUGUUAUGGCUUGUAACGGUGGCUACAAGAUACGGGUGAAAAAGAUAGAGAACUGCGCCGGUUCGGAUGCCGUCAUAACUGCCGAUGAAAACUUUACCGUAGUGUUGACGAAAAAUUGCGAAAUCAAAUCGCGUGGCUGUGUGCGGUUUAAGGACUUUAAGACGGGCAACGCAAAGUACACCAUUUCCAAGGACGGUGUGCAGGUGCUGCAAGGAUCGGCCGACAUCUGUGACCAGGCCUCCCGUCCAAGGCGUACGGAAAACAUUGCGGAGGUGUUGCGCAGUUUGGGUGUACCCGAGAAGUGUCCUAUCAGUGCGGGUCAAAUAUGCACCGAGCCUAGCCAGGCGGUGAAUAUCAAUCGCUUCAAGCAAUAUCUUCCUCUGGCACGGGGCGCCAUCGCUGUGGACGUUUCAGUCCAGCAUGAUUCGGGUAAAAGUUGCUUCAAAAUUCGUUUCGACAUAACCAAAUAGGACGACAGCAAUUGGACCCAUUAGCCCAAUAGA